AUGGUUCACACAAAACCAGAAGCAAAACUGCCAACCACAAUCUCAAAUAUCCAAGUUCUUAAGGCUAGGCCAACUGGGAGCAUGCUUCUUGGAGGACAAGUGAAACCGAAGGUAAUCCGCCCUUUUGCACUUGAAGCUGCAGAGAUGACAGGCGAAUGUAGCUUCCUUACCGCAUUCGUACUUCAAAUGUCUCCUGAUGUUCCCUUUGAACUUGUAGCUCUUGUAGCACCUCACACAGCUGAAGAUCCCGUUGUGUUCCACAUAUUCUAA